AAUUGAGCAAGUGUGACGCAUUGUUUUGUUUUGGUAGAACAAUACCAAUGUUAUGGGAGACGAAUACUGUAACACAACCUAUUCCGUGAUACUGUUACAGUGAUAAACAAAUGGUUAUAUAAGCAGCGCAACAGUGUACAAUUCAAAGUCUGGCAGUGGUGGCUCUUCCUGGAACGCAUUUUGGAGGCCCUUUUAGACAUGAUCAAUAUCCGGUACUUUCGCAAGCCUGUUCUGAUAACUAAAUGGAGCAACUGGCAGGUUGCAGGUCUCGCAAAGAGGCAAAUCACUGUGCUUUCACAGACUACUGAUACAAAGGACCUGCGCGACUUUGAUUUGUUGCCAGGCCCAAAGUUAUGGCCUAUACUGGGAAAUCUCGAACAUGUGAAGAAUGGUGGUAAGCUCAGUCAUGAAGUACAGUUGGCGAUGGCACGAAAGUACGGACCGGUUUGUAAGGACAGCCUACUUGGUUUGCGGACCGUUAUUAUCAGUGACCCCACAAUAGGAGAGGAGAUUUACAGAGCAGAAGGCAAAUACCCUUUCAGAGAUUUUAGUUAUGCUCUUGGGGAGUUCUUUGAAGAGAGGAAAAACCUUGGCUUGCAACCGUCUAUAAUUGAACUGAAUGGUGAAGAAUGGGCUGCUCUGCGUAAGAUGCUUAGUGGCCCAAUGAUGAAGCCAAUAAAUGUCAAAGGAUUUUAUCCAGCAUUCAGUUCUGUUGCACUAGAUGCAAUUGAUAGUAUCAACACUAUUAAAGGCCAGGAUGGAAUCAUACAAGAUUUCAGAGAAUCAGUCCUUGGCAAAUGGUCUCUUGAAACAAUUGGAAUGUUUGUAUAUGGAAUGCGAAUGGGAUUGUUGGAUAAAGAUAUGACAGAGGUGUCCCAUACAUUCUAUGAAGCCAUAAAAGUUGCUCUUGUAAAGAGUGCAUACUUCUCGAGUAACAAAAUGCUGAAGUAUUUAUAUCGCUCCGAUUAUAAGCACUUGAAGGCAUCUAUUUUAAACUGGUACAAAUCUGCUAACCACUAUAUGGAAAAAUUUAUGGAUCAAGUGAAAAGAAGUCAAAGCUCUGGUGAACCUUUGGAUCCACUGAUCAGCAGCUCUUUGAUGAGUUACAUGAUGUUCAAAAGAAAUCUUGAUCCAAACGAAUGUGCUACACACGCAGUUGAAAUGUUUGGUGCUGGCUAUGAUACGACAUCGAUCUCUAUUACUUGGAUAUUGUACUGGCUUGGUAGAAACCAAGAUAAGCAGGAGAUUCUGCUUCAAGAGCUGAAUGAAAAAGUCCCGGAUGACUGUAUGCUUACGGAUAGAAUAAUUCAGAAGAUGCCAUACCUAAGAGCCUGUAUCAAAGAAUCAGCGAGGCUUACCCCUUUAGCAUUUGUGUCAACCAGGAUAUUUGAGGAAGAUAUUGUAUUACAGAAUUACAUUGUACCAGCAAAUACACCGCUAAUGAUCAGCAAUUAUGCAAUGGGAAGAGAUGAAAAGAUUUAUCCCAAUGCUACCACGUUCCUGCCAGAGAGGUGGCUGCGCGAAAAAGAAGACAAAUCAGAAAUAAACCCAUUCGCGACUUUACCUUUUGGCUUUGGGUCACGUUCUUGUUUAGGCCGACGUAUCGCAGAGGCAGAGAUGCAAGCCUUUACUGCUUUGCUCAUUAAAAGGUUCAGAGUCGAGCAUAUCGGAGAAGAGCAGCUAGGUGAAAUAGCCCUCGGCCUAAAGCCACUGGAAGACACGAAAUUUGCCUUUCAUGACAGAUAAAACCGUGAUUUGAUUGAACCUAAAACCAUCGUGGUGCCGAAUCUUCUGCCGUGGACCGGUAAUUUUUAUAUUUUGAAAAAUGUUAUUUCUUCUGGUGGAAAUAGUUUUUGCACAUUAGGUAUUUCCAAAGCCGUAGGUCAUUGGUGAAAUAGACCUUUCCCCUAAUUACGUCAUGGCGCAAUGCAUUCUUGUACUUGUAGUAAAACCCGCAAACUUUUGUUUACGUUUUGUACAGCGAUCGUAUGUGUUAAGUUUUGUAUUUAUUAAUUCAUUCAGUAAAUUCAUCAAGACGCAACGGUCACGCAACAUCGUCUUUUGCUGGUUCCGUGUUUUCUGCACGUUAAACAAGAUCAUAAAAACGACAGCACAUUCGUAAAAGAACUUCACAACAUCAGAACUAAAUAUUGGAUAAUAGCCAAACAGCGUUCCUAUAGUAUUUACUUAGAUAUAUUGUAAAUUAGAACAAGCAAACUUGUGAACUAGCAAAAGAUUGAUUUGCCUGGCAAAUUUAUCAACUAAAAACUUGUGUUACACUAAGUAAAUGUGUUUACGCAAAAAGUGUUGUAAAAUAAUGAUAAAUAAAAAAGAUCUUGCCAUCCAGUUUUAAAUAUUGUAAACUUGAUAGCAAGGAAGUUAUCAACAGCACAAAAAGUUGCUGAUAAUUUCCUUGCUAUCAAGUUUUAGUCAAAAUCGAUUUAGAGAAAUGUUUAACGUGUGACUACAACCAUUUUUUCUGCAUAGCAUCUUAAGGGCGUUAAAAUCAAACACUGAGCCAGGGACGGAUUUAAGCAGCAAGGAUUGGAGGGGGUGUUGGUUAAGGAUCUCGUUAAUUACUUUUUUAAUUUUGUAAUGUUUUAGUAAAUCGAUAUAAUUAGUUAAAUAGAGGACCCUCAUGAAAAGCACCCUCGAGUGACUGAGGCCCUCCUCUGUAAAUAUUUGUCUUAUUGUCAUUAUUAUUAUAA